AUGAUUACCAUGGAUGCGAUGUCAGGGAACUUUAGCGAGUUCGCAGCUGCUUGGGCGGCAGCAGGGGGCAACAACAAGACCUACAACUGGGACUCCAUGCUUGUAGGCAACUAUGCCAACACCCUUCUGAGCACCAGCUUCGAGUUCCCGACUUAUAUCCGCUACUGCUCCAUCAAGAACCUGUUCGCAAGCUUGGAUGACGAGAAUGUGACGCUCGGCGUGGCAGUGUCCGAUCACCAGGGGCACUUGAAGGACACCAUCCCCACACAUCACCCCUUCAAGAAGAUCCUGGCUCUGACCUACUACCCGCAUCAGCAGCAGAUUAAUAUUGAGAUGUAUGAUGGUCCAGUCGGCAACGUGACCAUAACGACGCAGGCAGCCACAGGACAUCCCUUGUACCACCUUUGCGAGACUGCCAGGCUUGUUGACACCAAGUGGUUCGCCCUCACGGACAACUACCACAUCAUCAAAGCGCCAGUAAGCGUUCUGAUGGACACUGGCGACAAGCCCUUGCUGCCGUACAUCCCGAGAAACUCGAAGCACUAUGGCGAGCUUUUCAACUGUGAGGCUUCAAUGUCGCAGGCGGAGGGAUUGUUCGGCAUCACCUUGAACUACCACCACGACAAGUACGAGGUGCUGUACAAGACGGACCAUGCCAAGAUGUUCUGUGAUGCAUGGGACCUUGCAACAGGCAGCGCAGCAAACGAGUCGUGGGCUAAGUGCAGCUCGUCCCUUGGCCCAACCGGGGAUCUGGAAGAUCUCCGUGGACCAGAACAUCACUGA